UGGAACUUGUCGAUUUGGGGAGAAGCGCGCAAAGUGUAGUUCACUAAAACCUCAUAAGCCCUACGAAACAACCUGGAGAAAGUUCGAGAGAUUAGAGACACAGUCCCUUUUCUCUGUGAACAACGAAAAAUGGCGAGCAAGGGCUCGGAUUCAAAUCACGAGCAACCUCCUCCUCCUCCUCCGAGUUACCGUAAGAGUAUCGGAAUCAAAUCCACUCAGGAUCGUUUCUUCGUGUGGAGAGAGUUCGUAUGGGGAGGUGUAGCUGGAGCAUUUGGAGAAGGAAUGAUGCAUCCCGUAGAUACUCUCAAAACUCGGCUUCAGUGUCAGAUCAUCAUGGAUGCGACUCAGAGGCAAAAGAGCAUUCCACAAAUGCUAAGGACUGUUUGGGUUGGUGAUGGAUUUAAAGGCUUUUACAGGGGAAUUGCUCCUGGAGUCACUGGAUCUCUUACCACUGGAGCAACCUACUUUGGUGUUAUUGAGUCCACAAAGAAAUGGAUUGAAGAGUCUCAUCCCAACUUAGGAGGUCACUGGGUACAUUUUUUAGCUGGAGCUAUUGGUGAUACACUUGGUUCUUUCGUCUAUGUUCCUUGCGAAGUAAUAAAGCAGCGGAUGCAAAUUCAAGGCACUAGUAGCUCCUGGAGCUCUCUUAUUUCAAGGAACAGCGUUCCAGUUAAACCAAGAGGUGACAUGUAUGGUUACUAUACUGGAAUGUUCCACGCUGGAUGCUCAAUAUGGAAAGAGCAAGGGCCAAGAGGACUGUAUGCUGGAUAUUGGUCUACACUAGCAAGGGAUGUACCUUUUGCUGGCCUUAUGGUAAUGUCUUAUGAAGCAUUAAAGGAUCUAACAGAUGAAGGGAAGAAAAAGUUUCCACAAUUUGGAGUUAACAGUUCUAUCGAGGGGCUCGUAUUGGGAGGAUUAGCUGGUGGACUAAGCGCGUAUCUCACAACUCCACUGGAUGUUGUAAAAACAAGAUUACAAGUGCAAGGAACAACGAUCAAGUACAAGGGGUGGUCGGAUGCAGUAGGGCAGAUAUGGAGGAAGGAAGGUCGAGAGGGCUUUUUCAGGGGAAGCGUCCCAAGGGUCAUGUGGUAUCUUCCAGCCUCAGCACUCACCUUCAUGGCCGUUGAGUUCCUUAGAGAGAGCUUCAGAGAGAAAGAGGUAAAAAUAACAAUGUUGUCUCCAAAUUGAGCAUAGAGAGUAAAAGAUCUUCAGUACAUGAGGUUACAGAUAACUAGUGACAUGAUUCUUGUAAGAUACUGGUAAGAACAAUCUGAUCACUCCUUAAUAAAAGGUACUUAUCUUUAA